GGAGCUGAGAGGUGAAUAAAGACCUUGUUGAGAGAGGAACAUCUUGGGCGCUGCUUGAUCUUCCUGAGCUGCUGCCAUCUCCUUCGCUGCCACCGAGCAAAAUGGCACCCAAGAAGCCCGAACCCAAAAAAGCAGAACCCAAGAAGGAAGAGCCCAAGCCAGCCCCCAAGCCGGCUCCCCCACCAGAGCCAGAACCUCGCAAGGAAGUUGAAUUUAACCCAGCUAACAUCAAGCUUGAAUUCAACAACGAGCAGAUUCAAGAUUUUAGGGAGGUCUUCCAGGUCUUUGACAGGACUCCAAAGAACGAGAUGAAAAUCAGCUAUGCGCAGUGUGGUGAUGUCUUGCGGGCUUGUGGGCAGAAUCCCACCCAGGCAGAAGUUCUGAAGGUUCUUGGCCGGCCGAAACCAGAAGAAAUGAACAGCAAAAUGAUUGACUUCGAAACCUUCCUGCCGAUGCUCCAGCACGUCGCCACGACCAAAGACACGGGGACCUAUGAAGAUUUCGUGGAAGGCCUGCGGGUUUUCGACAAGGAGGGGAAUGGCACUGUCAUGGGGGCUGAACUCCGCCAUGUUUUGGCCACUCUCGGGGAGCGGCUGACUGAAGAGGAAGUCGACAAGCUCAUGGCUGGUCAGGAAGAUUCAAACGGCUGCAUCAACUAUGAAGCUUUUGUGAAGCACAUCAUGGCCAUCUGAACGCCAGGUAGGCUGA